AUGCAAUCACCACGUGGCCCUGGAGGCAAGAGCGGUUGCAGAGGUGGUGGAGACAGUGGUGGAGCUAGAAGGAUCAAUAGCGGAGCGGGUGCUAGCUACAUUGGAAUUGCUAUGAACGGUCCCAGAGGGAGCUGUGGAGCUGAGGGCCCACGCUUUGGCCAUUCCAAUGCUGGUAGAGAUGGUAACGAAGAUGGUGGGAAGAGGGAAAGAGCAUGGGAUAAGGGUUCUGGCAGUGAUUUUUGGAGGGGGUGGCGAGGAGGGGGUGGCUCCGCUAGAGGAGGUUGGUCGAGCAAUGGUGCUAGCGCUGCAAGGAGGGUGCAACGCAAGGGCGAGGAGGAAGGGGGCCCAAAUUCUCAAGGUGCUCCAAAUACGUAUGAUAAUUACAUAUUCGCUAAGGUUGAUUUAGAGGAAGGAGGAACACUGUUGGAGGCAAUUUCCUCUUAUGAGAAAGCCUCUGGCCAACAGGGCUCAAAAGAAGUUGUGGUGGGUGAUGAUGAAGAUAAAAGAAAGAGAUUCUGCAGUAUUUGCCUUUUUGCAAAGGCAGGUCCAGUUCAAGCUUCAUCCUCUUUGAUUGCAGCGAAAUCUGCUAUUGCUUUUAACUUGGAAGAAGUUGUUUUCAUUGUUUGA